AUGGAUUUUAUUAAAAAUACCAUUAAUAAAAAUGCACAAUUACUUUUAAAAAGUUUAUACAAACUUGAUUCGAACAAGAAUUCUAAAAGUGAAGAUGAUUCUAAUCCCAAAGAUGGUGAAAAAGAUGAUGAUACUAAGGAAUCUGCUGACAAUAUUUUAGUUCUUUAG